AUGGCAACAACAGGACAUGGUCCUCAAUUAAAAAAAACUGGCACCGGAGGUUAUACAUUGUCAGCAAGUGGAGCAGGAGGAAAUUUUGAUAUAUCAGUUGCCGGUACUGGUGCAUUAGAGGGUUUACUACUUUACGUAGUGAAUCCUGCAGAUAAUACUAAAACUGGUAAAUUUAAUAUAGCUGAUCCCGCAUUCCAACCUUGUAAUAGCGACCCCAGUGCCGUAACACACACCUCCAAAACUGUUAAGAAACUUCCUUUGAAAUUCAACUGGUCGUCUUCAGCCGGAGCUAAAACUGGUAGUGUAACAGUUAGAGCCAUAGUGGUGGAAAAGUCUAAAACUUGGUAUUCGUUGCAAGAUGUUACAUUCAAUUUGGAAGAUGGGUUCCUUGGUUGGAUUAAAAAAUAUUCAUUGUUUGUUAUUUUGAUUGCUUUAACUACUAUUUUAUAUGUUAUUGGAAGCAUUGUAGAAUUAAUGUUGAAAAAACAAAAUAUUAAGGCAAGAUCUUUCGCUAAAACCGUUGGAGGUUUUGUGAAUCCUGCAGAUAAUACUAAAACUGGUAAAUUUAAUAUAGCUGAUCCCGCAUUCCAACCUUGUAAUAGCGACCCCAGUGCCGUAACACACACCUCCAAAACUGUUAAGAAACUUCCUUUGAAAUUCAACUGGUCGUCUUCAGCCGGAGCUAAAACUGGUAGUGUAACAGUUAGAGCCAUAGUGGUGGAAAAGUCUAAAACUUGGUAUUCGUUGCAAGAUGUUACAUUCAAUUUGGAAGAUGGGUUCCUUGGUUGGAUUAAAAAAUAUUCAUUGUUUGUUAUUUUGAUUGCUUUAACUACUAUUUUAUAUGUUAUUGGAAGCAUUGUAGAAUUAAUGUUGAAAAAACAAAAUAUUAAGGCAAGAUCUUUCGCUAAAACCGUUGGAGGUUUUGGUAUUGCUAAAUAA